AUGCAAUACUCACUUGUUCAUUCUCCCCUCACAAUUCGUAACGUACAAACCAGAUCUCAGUUUCAGAACAUUGAAGGAGAAAUGAGAGGACCUAAGAUCACUGCUACCAUUGCUCAGAAGAAGCUUAAUCCUGAGGCAACGAAGAAGGCGAAGUCCGAUAAGAGUGUGGCAAAGAAGGAGAAAGCGUCGAAGAAAAAUCCCGGUGCUCCGAAGCGACCUCCAUCUGCUUUCUUCGUCUUCAUGGAGGAAUUCAGGAAGGAAUACAAGGAGAAUUUUCCUGAUAACAAAUCCGUCUCCAUCGUUGCAAAGGAAGGUGGAGUGAAGUGGAAGGCUAUGUCCGACUCUGAGAAAGCUCCAUAUGUUGAGAAAGCAGCUGUGAAGAAAGCAGAGUACGGAAUCGUUCUGAAACAGUUCAACGAUGAUCUCAACGAAAACUCAAAGGAGAAGUCUGGAUCAACCUCAAAAUCAUCAUCCGAUAGUCACGAUGACGUGGAGCAGGAAGCUAGCUCUUAGGUCAGAUCUAUAUUUGAUAAUAAAUCAGGUUUUACUAAUAUGAUAUAAUGUGGAUAAAACUCGUAUGAAGUUUUUGUUGAUUUUGUACUCAUUUCUAUAUUUGUCAUCUAUAUUU